CGUACGCCAACAUCUCUCUACAUAGCCAACUAGCAUAUCAGACGAGGAAAGUUAGCACUGGAGUUAGCAUCGGCGCAUGCGCUGUUUGCCCAUGUCUCGUGAUAAGUGUUCAAAUACGCCUGUCAAAGAUGAACUGCCUUCUUGACGGAAAUGGUGUAAAAGGUAGUUGUAAAUAAGACUAGUGAAACAUGACAUUUGGGAAGGCUGUUCAUGCCCUCUCACGGAUUGGAGAUGAACUUUGGUUGGAUCCUAUGGUCAACGGGCUGGCACUGAGAGCAGUGAAUUCUGCCCACACUGCAUAUGCCUGCUUCCUCUUCUCGCCGCUGUUCUUCCAGCAGUACAGCCUGGGAUCAGUAUUCAAGCAGGGCAGUGAAAUCGUCAAAUGCAAACUUCUUGUAAAGUGUGUUCUACCUCUUUUCCGGUGUUUGACUUCAAUUGAGCGUAAUGUGGAGUGGUGUCAGAUACAGAUCAGACCACCUAAUGACCGAGUCGUGAUCCAGUUUUUCUGCAGACAUGGCAUCACUAAAACCCACAACCUACAUUUCCAGGAAAGUGAGGCCCUGCAGGCAGUGUUUCCCUCACACUUCUUUCCCAAUGUGCUGAAGGCUCCUGCCAGGCUUUUUCGUGAUAUGGUGAUGCAUUUCCCAGUGUCCCAGGAGGAAAUCACUCUGUCCACGACACCUCUGAGAGUCAGUCUGAGAAAUGACUGUGAGGAAGGAAAAGAUCACAUGAAGAUGAUGUACACUGAGAUGUCCUUACACCCAAACGAGUUUGACCUCUUUCGGGUUGGAGCGGACUCGGACAUAACCUUCUGUCUCAAGGAGUUGAGGGGUUUACUGUCCUUUGCAGACUCCCAUUGCCUUCCGGUGUCAGUCCUCUUUGGUGCUGCAGGAAAGCCUGUGUGCUUCUCUGUGAAGGACAUGGUCCUGGAGGCCACUGUGGUGCUGGCUACUCUAAUUGAUUGUGAAAGCCAGGGCCCCUCUCAGCUUACAGAGAGCCUGGCUUCGACUACACCCAGGUGCACAGAUGCUGCUGUUCUACCUGUGGACUCAUGUGAGUCAGACAGCAUGAAGCCUCAGGGUGCUCCUGCUGCCAUGGAGCUGAUACCGUCCAGUCAGGGCAGCCCUCUAAUCAUCCCGCCGGGUCUGACUGUGCUUCUGCCUCAGACUGAUCACCCUAAUGGACUCACAGAGCCUGAUGGGGCCUGUGCCAGUGCCACCACAACUCCUCCUUCCUCCAUGAUCUGCUCCCUCCUGUUCAGUGCCUUGUCAGAGCUGAACAGUGAUGGUUGUACCACCUCACUGCCUGUUCUGGCAUAUCACAGUGACGGAGAGGAGAAUAUGGAGGAAGACCAUACAGGAAGUCCUUCACUCUGAGAACGAGCUGUGACUCAUUUCUCAUCAUGACCUUUUGUGAUACUGCCAAAAAAAUAGGAUACAACAUUCAUAACUGUAGCCAGAAAUGACAAGAUCUAAAUGAAUUUAUAUUUAAUGUACACUGUAUUUUUAAGUAGUUUUUAAGCUUGUUGUUUAUAGCUAAAAUCCUGCUUUGCUCAUUUAAAUUGUUGAAAGGUUUUCCCACAAUGUUCAGUUGAAAAUGAUAAUUAUUUAUCAAAACAUAUAGUAAUUCGUUUGUAUUGGCAGUUGCAGUGUGUGAAAUACAUUUGUCAUAGCGUGCUGUGUCUGUGAAAACAUUUCUUCAGCCUGAAGAUGCCACACCUGUCUGCUGAUGGUAACUCCUUGACAUCUGAGGAAUGUGGGAGUAUGCGCACAAAUUGUACAAGGCAUUAUCUUUUUCUGGUCUGCACAACAGCCUGAGUUCAGGGAGGUAAGCACACUGGAUGCUAAAUGUGGUUAUGCCUUGAUGGGAAAGAACAAACCUAGAGGCAUUCAGCCUGCGCCAGUGAACAAAACGCCUCUGCAAUGGAUUGUGCAAUGCUCAGGCGCGCCAGAUAGUGUUCUGAUGGAAAGGCCGCUGCAGGUUUAUGCACACAGUCAACAAAAACAACAGGAUAAUAAAUACUAUAUUCUUUAUUUAAA